CCAUACACACACACACCCUUCUUACACACAGAGACACGAAACAAACGCUCUUUCUAUCUCUCUCUAGAGCUCUGUGGCUUUGUGUUUGUUUGGUUUUUCCAAUACUCCGUUAGCCUAUCUUGGUUUCUUGAAGCUCAGUGUUAUAUAUAUACACCAUACUGAGUGAUACAGAGUCCUCUGUCUCUUGCUCUGUUUUCUAAUUCAUCCACAUCAGGGGUCUUAGUCUAUUACCGUUUCUGAAAUCUUUUGAGACAGUUCGGUUUGAGAUGACUAAGCAAAAUGUGGUAGUGUCCGAUGCUGACUCCCAAAUCAUGAACAUGGCGAUAUCGGUUGCCGUGUCGAACUCUUCGAUUUUCAGUGCGGCGGCGGAGAAGCCUCCGAUGGCGCCGGGUGGGUAUAUAUCCAUCUCGAGGAAGAGAUUGAUGAACUUGAAGAACCUUGACAUUAUUAAUGGAGGUGAAAGACUCACCUCUUGGGUGGACUCGAUGAAGGCUUCAUCUCCCACCCAUAUUCAGUCUUCCCCUUGCUUGGUGAAAGGCCAGAGUUCUUGGAUGCUUCAGCACCCAUCAGCCUUAGACACGUUUGACAAAAUCAUAGAAGUUUCCCAAGGCAAGCAAAUUGUCAUGUUUCUGGACUAUGAUGGCACUCUUUCGCCCAUAGUCGAAGACCCAGAUCGAGCUUUUAUGUCCGAUUCAAUGAGGAAGACCGUGAAACAACUUGCUAGGUGUUUUCCUACUGCAAUAGUGAGUGGAAGAUGCAGAGACAAGGUGUACAAAUUUGUACGAUUGGCAGAGUUGUACUAUGCUGGUAGCCAUGGUAUGGACAUUAAAGGUCCAGCAAAAGGUUCCAAAUACAAGAAAGGUAGCCAAGGUGUUCUUUGCCAACCAGCAAGUGAGUUUCUUCCUAUGAUUGAUGAAGUUUAUAAGCUACUGGUUGAGAAGACCAAAUCAACUCCUGGAGCAAAAGUUGAGAACAACAAGUUCUGUCUCUCUGUGCAUUUUCGCUGUGUUGAUGAAAAGAAAUGGAGUGAACUGGCCUCGCAAGUUAGAUCAGUUUUGAAGGAGUACCCACAGCUUAGGCUCUCCCAAGGAAGAAAGGUUUUGGAAAUUCGUCCUACCAUCAAAUGGGACAAAGGCAAGGCUCUUGAAUUUUUGCUGGAGUCACUUGGAUACGCCAAUUGCAAUGAUGUUUUUCCUGUGUACAUUGGAGAUGACCGAACCGAUGAAGAUGCGUUUAAGGUAUUGAGAGACAGAGGACAAGGUUUUGGCAUUCUCGUCUCAAAAAUUCCAAAGGAAACCAGCGCAACUUAUUCUUUACAGGAACCGGCUGAGGUUAUGGACUUUCUCCAGCGUUUGGUUGAGUGGAAAAGACAAGCAGUACGGAGCCAAGCCAUGUUGUAAAGAGGGUAGAAGAAGAUAUAAAUAUAUUCCCAGGCACCCUUACAAGAGUUUUAAAAAAGGGGUGGAGUUAAUUUGGGAAGCUAAUUAGAUGAUGUAAUUUUCUGGUCAAGGUUUAAGUACGUGCAAAAAAGGGCGAGAAAAAGGGAGAAAAAAUUGCAACUUUUUCUUGGCCGAAAUGCCUUGUACAUUUUGUAUCUAGCCCUGUACAAGGGAACGUAUUCGGUAUAUGUAACUUUGCAUGUUUAUAAAUGCAUAGUGAUUAUUAUGACCUAAAAGAACAA